GUUUGUGAUUCCUCCAAUGAGCUUUCUCCAAACCAAACAGCGUUCCUCGUUCAAAACAGUAGCAGUGCUGUUAAUGUACGUACUCGCAAUCAACUGCAGACAUUCCGGCGAACUUGAUAUUCGGCACAUACAAGACGAUUUCUGCUUUCCACAAUGGCAGAGGAGAAAGAAGUGGAAUGGGAGCUCUGCAAGGAGAACAUUCAACCUUUGAAACGUGGGAGAAACAUGUCAGCCUUGCUACAGGCACUCAGUCACAACAAAGAUGGCCUCAGCCCUGCCAUCCUCCAACAGAGACAGGCUUUUGAGUCUGAAUUGCGGCUGUACGAUGGAGAUGAUCCGCUUGAUGUUUGGGACCGGUACAUCAAAUGGGCAGAGCAAAUGUUUCCUCAGGGAGGAAAAGAGAGCAACCUGAGCACACUGUUAGAGCAAGCCGUGACGCGCUACACAGAUGAGAAGAAAUAUCAUGACGAUCCUCGCUACGUUGACCUUUGGAUCAAAUAUGCAGGGCAUUGCUUAGAGCGCUUGGACAUCUACAGGUACAUGAAAGCCCAGGGAAUAGGAACCACCCUGGCGUCCUUCUAUAUCGCCUGGGCCGAGGAGCUUGAAAACCACGGUGACUUUCUCAAAGCUGACUUGAUCUUCCAAGAAGGACUCAAGAUGUUGGCCCAGCCUCUUGACAGACUACAGCAAUUCCACAAGAUGUUGCAGGCUCGCGUGUCCCGUCAAGCAAUGAAAAAAGUGGACGAUGGUGACAGUGACGAUGAGGUCAAACAACCUGAGAGAGUUUCGCUUGCUGAGCUCAAAACACGAGGGAAGAGGGCUGCCGUACCUAUUGUCAGAACGGGACACGCAAUAAAAAGUGCCCCAAGGGGCCUGAGUUUACGCGCCGCUCCCAUUAGAGAAAGCAGCAGUCACAGCAACAACAGUAGAUUGGUGAUCUUUGAUGAGAGCAAGGCAAUCGCCGGUCCUUCAGAGGCAAAAUUUGAGCCUUGGUUGGCUCCUCCAACUGUGAGGGCAAAGGAAAAUGAGAAAGCCCCAGAAAAAUGGUGCGAUGUCAAGAUCCGCCAAAAGUCCAAAUUUGGAAACACACUGACGGUUCCGCCUCCUCCGAAACCCACUUUUCGACCAUUUGUCGACGAGUCGGAUGACACUCCAAAGAUGACGCCGCACAAGAUCAUCCCGACAGUGAAUAACAUUUUGUCGGCGCGCAAGCCCUGCAAAGCCAACACUCCUUUGACAAAGCUGCUGGAGAACCAACAUCAGCAGAAAGAAGGCAAAGUGGGCGAAGAACUGGAAAAGAGCAUGUACUGUAAAAAGCUGCUCUUCAGCGGUACCACCGAAUUCAGCUUGGAGGAACUCCGGGCUGAGCUGUACUUCAAGAAGAAGAAUUCCCAGAUGGCCAGCUGCCCUGACAAGCCAGUGAAUGACCCUGAGAAGAAAUAACCUGUUCAGCAUGGUCAUUGUUUUGGUUUGUUUACUCGGCAGAAGUAGCUUUCAAAAUGUGAAAACAUUCAGUACACAGGAUCCACCAUACUCUUUACGAUGUGAGGAAAAUUAACAAUAAAUAACUUGACUGAAUAUUAAUGUU